AUGCCCAUGAAGAUGGACCGAGAUUCCAGACUCAGGGCCACGAGAAGUGCCUUCUACCUGCAGGCUGGGGCCGGGAUCUCGGCCAACACCUGUCUGCUCUGCCUGCACCUGGCCGCCCUCCUCGGGGGCCACAAGCCCAGGCUCAUCGACCUCCCCAUGGCCCACCUGGCUCUGACACAUCGUCCUGCUCCUCACUGUGGCCCUUUGGUAUCCACAGACAUCUGGGAAGGGCAGGACAUUCCAGGUGACGUCAAAUGCAAAGUGCUGGUCUUCCUGCACAAGGUCAUGAGGGGACCGUCCCUCGGCACCACCUGUGUCCUCAGUGUGCUCCAGGCCCUCACCAUCAGCACCAGUGGCUCCUCGCUGGCCAACUUCAAAGUCAAACCUGCAAACCCCAUCCUGGGGGCAUGUCUGUUCCUGUGGGUCCUCACCAUGGCCAUUACCAGCCACCAGCUGCUCUGCACGGUGGCCACCCCCAAUGCCACGCAGCCUGGUCUUCUCUUUGUCAACGGCCACUGCUCCUUCCUGCCGAGGUACAGGGGCGUUUUUCUGCUCCUGGUAACGCUCAGAGACGUCUUCUUCGUGGGCCUCAUGGCCGUGUCCAGUGGGUACAUGGCCACCCUCCUGCACAGACAUCAGCAGCGCUGCCUGUCCCCCCACACCUCCCCCGAGCACAGGGCCACUCGCAGCGUCCUGCAGCUGCUCGGCUGCUUCACCGCCCUGGACUCUGCAGACUCUGCGCUCUCCCUGCUCAUCAGCAGGAUGAGGAGAAACGACCCCGUGCUCGGGAGCAUCCACAACGCGGUGGCCAGCGGCUGCGGCAGGCUCAGUCCCCUGGUGCUGCUCAGGGCGGACACACAGAUCCUGAACAUCGCACAGCCCAGUGGAGGAACAAAGCUCAGAUGCCGACAAGACGCACCUAAAGCGGCUCCUCCACUCUCACUUACAAACCCCUCUAUCCACACAAACUUCUUUCUGAAAUGA